AUGGGCGUUCGUGGACUCUUUAGUUUCCUCAAACCAAUCGAAGAGAUUUGGACAACGAUCGAACUACGAGAGAAACAGCUCGUCAUAGAUGGAUCAGCUUUAUGCAACUCUCUCUACGCAGACAAUGGCCUCGAUCGACGAUGUGGGGGGCAAUAUAACGAAUUCUAUAAAAUAAUAGUGUCUUUCUUUGAAUCUCUACGUUCUGUGGGUGUAAAAUCAUUCGUAGUCCUCGAUGGCGCAAAUAUCAGCGAUUAUAAAUUGGACACCUACAAAAAGAGGUCAAAAGAGAGAAUCCAGACAGCUGAUACGCUAGCAAAGAACCCAGCAGCAGCAAAUAAGGAUGUCUUCGUGUACCCUCUUUUGUUGAAUUUUGUGUUUACGCGAGCGCUCAGGGAUCUUGAAGUAAAAUUCGCUGUCUCUGACUGUGAAGCGGAUUCUGAAAUCGCGUCUUUGGCUAAUGCUUUAAAAUGUCCUGUUCUAAGCCACGACAGCGACUUCUUUAUCUUUGAUGUUGAAGGUGGUUUUAUUCCACUCUCCUCUUUCGCGUGGCAGAGCUGUCCUUCAAUAGCCCGCAUUUUCUAUCGCGAAAAAUUGGCACAGUAUUUUGGAAUUCACUCAGAAUUGCUUCCUCUAUUUGCCUCUCUGGUGGGAAAUGAUUACGUAACCUUUGAGCUACUAAAGCCAUUUUAUGGGAGUUUGCAGCUGCAGGGCACUUUUGGAGAUAAAAAAGAAAAAACGUUCCGAACCAUUGCGGAACUUCUUUUACAAGCUCCUACAUCUACAGAGAAAGAGGCGAUUGAAUUUGUAAUACGACAUGUUCGUCAGGGCAAAAGUAAGAAUGACUUAAGAAGAGCUGUCGAGAUUUCCCUUCAGGAAUACAAGAUCACAGAGAAGCCUUUGGUGGGAUAUUUUCUACGCAAUGAUAUCUCAAGCUAUCUUAAAAUUCAAAACAACCAAGAAAUUGAAGAGUGGGUUUUGCGCAGGUUCCGCGAUGGAAGGUUUUCCACCAGUUGCAUGAGCAGUCUGGUGUCAGGGAAAGUCUUGCUUAGAUUUCAAGUGGAAAAUUUGCAAGAAACGUCGGCAAAUCACUGUUCCCAGUCUCUGAGAACAUAUAUCUAUGGAAUUUUAACCAGUGCCUCAUUGACUGGCGGGAAAAGAACGAUGGUUCAAGAAUGGGACAGAGUGGGUAAUCAGGUCGAGUCUACAAGAAUCUCACCCACCGAUGGUGAAAACGUACCAUGUUUGAGUGAGAUACCAAGUCUUGGUCCGGAUAAUAAGUUAGCGAUGUUGUUGGACGCGCUUGACUCAAACACAACCAACAUCAAGUCAUUGCCGGAGUUAAAGUUAGUUGCAGCAUCACUUCGUUUUCUGACCAGAAACGCUCACCCAAAAUUGGAGCCCAACCAUCUUAGCGCUAUACUCUGCAGUUGUGUUAAACUAGAGGACGGCUCAUGGGAAGAAUAUUUGGAAAAUUGCGAUGGCGAAGCCUUUGAUGUGCGAGCGGCGCACAGCUUUUGUCAGUGGCAGUGUGUUUUGAGAGAUGCCAUCCAUCUAAACUGUGUUUUGGAGGAGCCCAUUGAGACACCUUGCAUCCGCAAGAUUUUCAAUGGACAAUUGGUGCAUCACCUCAAUGGGGAAUUGGCGAGAGGCUCCAAGCUUGAAUCCUUGAUUCGAACUCCAAACAGUCUUUCUCGGUAUCAGGAUCUUUAUACAGCGAUUACUGCCAACCUGGAGGAAGAAGAAGAAAUUGCUGCCGAAAUGCAGAAGUUACAAUUACGUGCAUCAAGGAACUAAGGGUGUUAGUACCAAAAAGGAGAACGCUGACAGCACCAUCAACCUCUCUGAGC